GUCAGAUACUCAAGAUUACCAUCUACAUUAUGAAGACGUUCCUCCUCUUGCUGCUUGCUGGCUCAGCCUUCGCGAUCCCGAGCGUCGUGUUUGACUGUACCCGCAUUCCCGAGACAUGCAAGAACAUGUGCUUCGCCAUCAAUUGCAAGCAUGAGCCUAGCCAGCUCACCUUCGACAAUCCGUCCGCGACGGUGAAGAAGGGCAGGCGGAACGCCGCCGGGUGUACUACGAACAACCGGUGCAAAGGCCGCACGGAUAAGAAGACUACGUGCGAUGAGUAUCCAUUCGCGUCGACGGCGCAGGGAGGGGCGUCGGCGGUGACGCGGUGCGUGAGCAUCGAUGAAUGCCGCAGCCAGGGAGGGUCCCUCUCCAGCUUCUACAGGAAUCUCAAAGCGAACGACAAGUUCACGGUCACCUUCAAGAGCUUCAACAGCAUUGCGUUCUGCGUCGCGCCCUUCGGCCAAUGCAAGAACGACGGGGAGGAGUUUCAGCACGGUGCACCUGCGACGCGGCGGGACCUUCCCAGCAAUGGGACGGAGCCUCCCGGGCAGGUCUACCGCACGAAGCGCGGGCUGGAGCUGUAUGCCCCCUCGGGUGACGUGCAGGUUGGGGAUAGGGUGUUCGUGCCCGACCCCGAGCUCAUUGAGAGGGCGCUGGAUGAUGACUGUAGCAACGGGGUGGAUGAGACCAGGAAAAGAGAUAUAGACGAAGCGGAGAUGGAGGAGUUGGGGGAUUGGGACGAGGUCGAGUCGGUUGUGCCGAACUGAACCAAGCCAUUGGCAGGCUUACGUCCCUAUGCUUCCUCUAUUAUCCCCGUAUCCAUUGGCAUAUGCUUGGGAAUUUUAUUCUCUGUAUUCGUGACUCCAACGUUGUACUGGCAGUAGUGCCUAGACGGCCUUUACAGGAAAUCUCGCAGACGGCCUGCCUUUCA